CAAAUCUCUCUAGAAACAAAUAUCUCUCCAAUUAAAUCAAAUAAAAAAAAAAUGUCGACGACGAAGAAGAUUGAGUUGACGAGCUCCGAUGGAGAGUCUUUCAUAAUUGACGAGGCUGUUGCUCUUCAGGCAGGAACCCUAGCUAACAUGAUUGAAGACGACUGCGUCGCUGAAGCUAUCCCUCUUCCUAACGUCACCGGCACGAUCCUCGCUAAGGUGAUUGAGUACUGCAAAAGGCACGUCGACGCCGCUGCUGCUAAGGCCGAGGCUGCUGAUGGUGGUGCUUCUUUAGAUGAUGAGGUCAAGGCGUGGGAUGCUGAGUUUAUGAAGAUCGAUCAAUCUACCCUCUUUGAACUCAUCCUGGCUGCUAAUUAUCUGAACGUCCAGAAUCUUCUUGACCUUACGUGCCAGACAGUGGCUGAUAUGAUCAAAGGCAAGACUCCUGACGAGAUUCGCACCACUUUCAACAUCAAGAACGAUUUUACAGCUGAGGAGGAAGAGGAGGUGCGUAGGGAGAACCAAUGGGCUUUCGAGUAAUGGAUCAAAGAGAGGUCGUUGUCGUUGAAGUAAACCUAACAAGUUUCUUCCUUUGACUAUUUAUGUUCUUCUUAUCUACUUAAAUGAAAAUUGAUGUUCUUCGUAGGGCUUUUCUAUUUAUAAUAAUGAACCAAUGACUCAUAAUUUUAUGCUGAUAAUCAUUCUCUAAGUGUUGUUG